GGGGAGUCGCGGCAUCCACGACGACGGAAGUGGGGAGCAAGCUGACUUCCAGCUUAGGCUUGGCUAGCGCUCCCGACAUCCAAGGGUGGAAAACCGUGGUGGAUCAGUUGGGGCGAUUGACCUUUGCAGAGCUGCCUGUCAAGACCCGAGUCAUGGUCCUGCGAUGGCUAGCUGACGAGGUCGCAUCCUCGGCCACAGUCCGAGAGUUGCUGGAAAAUGUGGCGGGAGCCCGCGAACCGUACCGAAAAAUGGCAGCACGUAGGACUGCCUUCCGUGCGCAGAAGGCACAUAUGGCUGCGCAGCAACAAGCCGCUCAGGCAUCUGGGUACGCUCCCCCGCCAAGCCCGGCAAAUUUAGAGGGUUGGACACAGGCGGACGAGCGGGAGUUCCUGCGCGUGAGUGAAUUGGCCUUAAAAGAUCUGAGGCUGCGGCCCUUGGGUGUGGACCGGUUUCAUCGCCGGUAUUGGACGUUUCCAGGGGACAAAAAGCACGCGGUGUACGCGGAGGACGAGGCUGACGGGCCGGUCACGGUUGUGUAUCGGAGCAAGGUGGACCUGAUUGCCUUGAUUCGGUGGCUGUCCGACCGCACUUUAAGAGAGGGCGCCCUGCGGAGCCGAGUCAUUGAACUUACGGAGAGAUAUUACCCGGAUGGUCCAGAUUUGACCCAAGCUAUAAACGUCCCCUAUUCUCCAGUCCCGAACGGUGAAGGGGCGGUGAAUGGAAGGAAAAGCACAGAGUCAGCGGACGCAUUUUGUCGCUACCAGAGCGCAUACGCUGGAGUCAAUCUUCCCUCAGAACAACAAGCCAUGAUGCCUGACCUGUACAGAUAUAUUUGCUACCCCUUAGGGAUCACGGCCAGGGAGCGAGGAUGCCUGGGGCUUGUCUACGCUGAUCAGGAGUUGAAACUGACGGCGUACCGUGACCACAGGCAGAAUCUGGUCCGCACCCCUCCAUUUCCGCGAAUGGGGAUCAACGUGGACGAUCGCAUCGUCCUAGUAAAUGGAAAGCUGAUUGAUGGGCCGAAAUGGCCCUCAGGGGCAGUCGAGGACGACAGCACUCUGGUCCACCUGCCAGGCGGAGAGACGGAGGAGUUUCAACUGAUGAUUUUGCGAGAGGCAGGGGGGGCGCAGACUUCCAUCAACGUCCAACAGCUCCCUCCACGGGUGACAUGCAGCGAGUGGAAUUUCGUACAAGGCUGGCUUUUGCAUUUGGAACGGGAGAUGUGUCACCCAUUGGCCAUCGGCCCCGACUGGGAGGGAAGUGGAGCCAAGGCACGCUGGAGGCAGAUGGUCAUGCGCGCGCUGGAUGGGGAAAAGAAGAAGGCGGAAAGUCUGAGGAAAGCCGCGCUCGAGCUGGAGGGGAGGUUGCGAGCAUGCGGCACCGUCUUGAGCAAAGAGGAUAGGGAAGGGCGGGCCAAGGGGACUGGGGGGAAAUGGCGGCAAUAUAUGAGUUUGGCUCAAACGCCCUCGCAGUUACUCUUGGGCUUGCGACUCCUUCAUUCCCUUCUUGACCGGCGUGUCCUCAACCGGGCCUUACAAUCCAUGGAACGCGCGGCGUGGCAGGCGCUGUUGCCCAAGGAGAAGAGCAUCGAACUUCCCGACGUGGGCUCUUUUGUCAUCUACUACCCGCAGGGACACAAAGCAGCGAUGCGACACAACGCCCGCUUUCAAGGCCCCAUGUGGAAUGUGGAAGGACCGCACGAGGAGCAAAAUGGGGCGGCUGCGGGAGCGGGGGCAGUGCAGGUGUGCCAGGUGCACGGCAUCGAAUACCACGCCUUCGACCCGACGGCCAAGGAUCCUUUUGCGUCUUCUGCUUGGGCAAGAGUCAAGUUGGCGCGUCUGAACGAACCAGCUUACCACUAUUUUUACCCCGAGAGGAAACUUCGCCUGUACCGUCCUGUGGAACCGCGCGCCUCACUGUCCCGCCUGCUGGCACGGGUGGUGUUGUCUGCGAUGGAGCUGCGAGAAGCGGAUCAAUUCUGCGAGCCGGUUGACAGGAACGAGUACCCGGAUUAUUACGAAAUGAUCUGGAACCCCAUGGAUUUCACGACCCUAUUGUCCAGGGUCCGCCGGCAUAUGUAUGGCGAGUUGUCAACAUUCCUGAAAGAUCUGGAGCUGAUAUCACGCAAUUGUCACGCGUAUUGUGACGCACGCUUCCCCACUCUUCCUGUUCUCGCUGAUCAAGUAGUUGGGGUAGCAAAGGAGACUGUCAAGUACUUGGAGCCCAAGAUUCGCAAGGCGGAAAAGGAGAUCCGUGUUUUGUGCGAGCGAAGUAAUUUCAACGACGUCAUCCCGUACGUGAAGAAAGAGGCGCCGCUGGAAGAAAUGUUUGUCUGCGACCGAUCCAAGCCUCCUGGAGGCAACCGUCCCAAGAACAAGGCGUCUGGGAGAACGACACCGAACGCGUUUGGUGACGCGUCCCCGUCUGCUUCAGGACAUGCCACACCCGUUAAAGUGGAAGGAAAUGGCAGCCAAAGUGAAAACUCUGAGGGUCAAGGAGAGGCGAGACCACGGCCAUUCACGGAGUCCACCGCACCGUCAACACAGGCGGCCUCGCCCAUGGUUGCCACUGCUCCCUCCCCCUUAUCGUACCCUGCGGCUACCGCCCCUCUCGUUCCCUCUGCACCCGCUACUGAAGCGUUCCCAUCACAAGCCUCCCCGUCGAUCCCACCGCCACAAACCGCUGGGUCGUUUACGCAUGCCUUUCCAGCGCCGGCUAACGGGCCCACUCCCCCUUCCUGUUCCUCUGCGCCUGCCCCCACCCCUGUCCCUGCUCCUGCACCUCACCCAUCCUCGCUUCCCCAGCCGCAACCCACGCCGACCAACACCGGAAAUUCUUGGCUACCGCAGCAGCAUCCACAACAACCUCCACCACAACACCAGCCCCAGCAGCAUCAGCAGUAUCAGCAUCAACCAGCAUCACAGCCGCAGCAGCAGCAGUAUCAACAUCAACCAGCAUCACAGCCACAGCAGCAGCAGGUUCAGCCACCCCGUCCGGUGGGAGUACCGUAUCCAGGCGGCGGCCCCCAUCCAACCUCAACUUCGGCCCGCCCCGCGUAUUCCCAGCCCUCCGCCAUUCCUCCUGCGCCCGCAAAGCCCUCCACUUCCCACACCCCUUCCACGGCGCCUGUGUCGACCUUGGCGCCCGCCACUGGUGCUACGAUGCCUAUGGGCCCCGUCCCCGGAGGGGGGCCUCCCAGUGUCUACGGCACUUACGCGGGGCAGGGCGCCAGGCCUCCCCCCGGCCCAAGCAGCGGCUAUUAUAACACAUACUCCCACUCGUACACCCACCCCGCUCCUCCCUCCUCUGCCCCUUCCACCUCCGUCGCGGGUGUACAAUCUAGUGCCCCUUCUCCCUAUGCAACAGGCUAUCCCUACCCUCCCAGUCAUCCUCAUCCUCAGGCCGGCGGUGAGUCCUCUGCCCCCCCGUCUUCCUACGCUGCACCUGGAUAUUCGUAUCCAACCUAUUCGACCGGCUCGGCACCCUCAGGGGCUACCGCUUAUCCAGGGUACCAUGCCCCUCGCCCACCGCCGUCCUCCACCUCGUCCUCCUCCCAGCCGGCCACCGGCACCUCGAGCACUCAAGCUGCCUAUCAGUACGCUCAUCCCCACCCCGGGACUGCUACUUACCAGCACCUCCCCCCUUCCUCCGCCCAUGCCCCCGCUUAUCGCGCCCCCGCUUAUCGCCAUCCGGAGCAUCCGCAGCAACAGCCCCCCCCCCACCAGCAGCAGCAGCAGCCGCAGCCUCAACGCAAACCGCAAGGAAGUCCAGCAGGGACACCUGCGGGUCAACAUCCGCCACAGCAGCCACCGCAGCAGAUGGCGACACCGAAAGUGGUGGAGACCUUUUACGUGGGUGUCUGGCUUUUGAACUCCGUGCCUGAAUUCAUGGUUUCUCGUCCACGUUACGAGCAAGCUCUGAAGAGGACUUGGCGCAAGGAAGAUCGCUUCGACGCGUGUUGGUCGUCGGAAGAUGUCGGAGAGGAAGGGAGCGUGUACAGCGGGACGGUGAUUGGGGCAAGGCCGCCGGAUUCGGUCACGGGCCUCUUGCCCUGGACGGCACUGCAGAUGGAGCGGGACAGCGGGAAAGUGGAUUUCGUGAACCCUUGGAACAUCGACGUCUUGCCCUCCGACGGCGGCCCGGUGGUGCCGGGGGGCAAGUUGGAGUAUCACGGUAUGUACGACUUGUACAAGCACCAUCACUCCCUCUUGGACCGACCACGAGACCCGGAAAUGAAAGACGCGGGAUUGAAUGUCCUAGGGCCACGGGGACCAGGGGUAUACGCCCCGCCUUCCUACUCCUACCAUCCCCAACAGCAAGCGUACCAAGACCAUCCGCGCCACCCGCCGACAGACAGCGCAGCAGCCGGGGCUCAGGCACAAGGCUAUGCAGCAUAUCCUUCUUAUCCCUAUGGAGCAUAUACUGGAUAUGCGUAUGGGUCUGUGCCUGGAGGGUACGGCUAUCCGUAGUGGAUUUGUUGUGUAAGAACAGGGAGGGUAUUGAGAGCUGCACACUACCGCACUUCGUCCUAAUAAACUCCAUGCCGUAUGGUGAAAAGGACGAAAUAUGUUGUGUGAAAGCGCUGCGGUUCUGAGGAGCUUAAGGUAUAUCUGCUGCUCUGUCUAUGAUGAUCGGCAACAUUCCAUGAUGCAACUACAUGUAAGCAUUAACGCACAGCACAAAAGACAAAUUGACGACAAAGAAAUAGGAAACGCGGAAA